GCAAAAAUUGCCCGAAAGAGACAAUGCACUAAAACGUGAUGGAGCCGGAAUCAGAGCCGGUCUCCAGACUCAGAGCUACAGCAGCAGGCAGGGGGGGAUUCUGCUUUCUCUGGACUGUAGUGUGUUUUACCUGGUUCCUGGGAUUCACACAGGGAAAUUCUGAAGAUGUGGAUGUUCUUCAAAGACUGGGCCUGUCAGGGAAAAGGCCAUCGAGUGGAUGGUCCUCAUCACGUGCAGUUCCUCAAGGGGUCAUUCCUUUCAAAUCAGGGGUCAUCUUCACUCAGCGAGCACGUGUGGAAGCUCCUCUCAGCACCAUCCUCCCCACAGGCUCCAGCACCGACCUGCUGCUGGUGCUGAGCUUCUGCUCCCACCGCAUCAACAACGCUUUCCUCUUUGCCGUCAAGAGCAAGAAGAAGAAACUGCAGCUGGGAGUCCAGUUUGUGCCUGGGAAGAUCAUCGUGUACGUGGGCCACAAGCGCUCUGUCUAUUUUGAUUACAAUGUCCACGAUGGGCAGUGGCACAACGUGGCCAUUGAGCUCCGUGGGCAGACAGUCACUUUAUUCUCUGCCUGCGGGAAGCGCAGGGCGCACGCGGAUUUGCAUUUUAAAAAGGACGAGGCGUUGGAUCCGAAUGGGUCUUUCCUCUUUGGGAAGAUGAACCAGCACUCCGUGCAGUUUGAAGGAGCCAUCUGCCAGUUUGAUAUUUAUCCCUCCGCCAAGGCAGCUCAUCAUUACUGUAAAUACCUGAAAAAGCAGUGCAGGCAGGCAGACACCUACCGGCCAAACCUGCCCCCCCUGCUCCCCCUCCUGCCCAGGGAUCCCCACACCUCCCCAGGCCUCACCAACCAGCCAGAGCCCUGCCUUGGCCAGCAGGAAGGAGUCCAAGCAAGAGACCAAAAAGAAGAUCAACCAAAAACCUACGGCUGA